AUGAGUUCGCAAACCGGCCUCGUUAUACCCCCGGGCUAUUCACCUCCAUUUGCAACUAUCACACCAGAUGACCAUGCAGCAUGGAUACUGAUCGCUGCAGCACUCGGCCUGGCUUGUUACCUCUUUUUCGGUAUCAUCAGGGUGGUGGUUCGAUUGACGAUCAGCCAUGGCUUUGCGUUGGAUGACUACGUACUCGGUGCUGCAACCCUGUUAGCCGUCAUUGAAACGUCUCUUGUUCUGGGAGCAUGUUCCAAGGGACUGGGGAAAUCGGCCACCAUACUCUCCUCCGAAGCACAGGAUGAAGUCCAGAAGAUGUACUACACAAGCAGUUUAUUCUAUAUCUUGGUCAUCGGUCUCUCCAAGAUUUCGGUCAUAUGCUUCCUCAGUCGCAUUUCGCGGAUGAAACAACACAGACUGGUCUUCAACAUCGCCAUGGGAUUGAUCACUGCCUGGAUGAUUGGUUCAUUCCUCGCCAUGGCCCUGCAGUGCAACAUAUCAAAUCCUUGGGUCAUAGAAAGUCAACCCGAUUGCUCAGGCACUUCGCGACGAUGGCUAGUUAUCGGUAUCAUCGAUAUCAUAACAGAAGUUGCGAUUGUCGGCCUCGUUAUCUUCCUGGUGUACACCUUGCAGACCUCGAUAUCCAGCAAGUUGACAGUGGUGGCAAUCUUCAGCUUCCGUCUCUUUACUAUCAUUUUCAUCGGAUGCCGAAUAAACAGUUUCAACCACUCUGGUUACAUGGACAAUCCACUUCUUUCCCAAGCUCCCUUCAGCGCCUGGACACAGGGCCACAUCGCCUAUUCGCUAAUCUCCGCGACCAUUCCAACUUUCCAAAAUUUCCUAAAGAACUUGAGCACGGGGUUUGGUGGUAUUGGUUCUGCUGCGGCUGGCUACGGCUAUGGCUACGCAAGCGGCAGUGGCAGUGCCAACCGUGCCCGAGGCCGGAUGGAGAGCAACAUGAGCUUCCAGAUGUCCAAGCUGAGAUCGGCCAACAAGAGUGCCGGAUUCGAGGAACCCGAGGAAGAACCCGAAAGAGGCAUAGGACACGGAAUCUCCAAAAGCGGUGAUGCCAUACACGGAGUCACCAAUGGCACAACUGUAGGGCCCUGGAGUACCGCAGGAAGCAAAGAUGCAGUCAACAACGGUGAAACAACCAGUAUUGCCAGCGAUGAAAGUCGGCGGAUGAUGAUUAGGAAAGAGAUCCAGUGGAGUGUGAGGACAGAGGAUAGGUAG